CUUGCUGAUCACGUUUUGUGUCACUUCUAUCCUUCGGAUCAGUGCUGGAAGUACAAAUGCGAAUGUACCAAUAGUUCCUCAUUGAACAGAUCCAGGCAAUCCUUGCUUGGUAGAUAACGUAGAUCCAACAACGUUCAGUGUCCAGUAUUUAUCCAUGGUUUCUGUCGCGCACUGCACCAAGUCCGACUGUCGCAUACGAACGGAGGAUUAGUUUAGGCGAUACAUGCUUGUUAAGUCCCUGUUACGGGAACAUAUCUUCUUACCUCUACGUUUAUUGACACCUAUUCGGCAACCAUAGGAUUCAAAUACUGCAAUCUGCAAUACCAUUUAUCCCUCGGAAUACCUGAGGACUCUGUGCCGCCGGCGGUGAACCAGUACCGCCGGCGGCGAUUACCCGACACGUCAGCUUGACCCAGCUCGCAAUGGACUCAGCUAGCCGGUUUCAGCGGCCAAGGCAUUUUGCAGUUUGGCGGGCGUGCUGCACGCUCGCGGUUUUGGUUGCUUCUACCGAGCUAUGGAGUCCAAUAGCGGCAUCAGGAGACAGCGGUCAUCUUCGUGGUUCCGGACAAGCCGCGAACUCGCUGUUGCAGCCGCAUGGAGCAGCGCGGGAGCUAGCAUCGGAGCAAAGUGCAGGGUGUCCUACUCCUAUGGUUGACAUGGAGAAGGACCGCUACCAAUGUGUGGUGUGGCGCAAAGUGUGUGUGGACCAAAACGUGAUUGUGUCGUUUGACCCGGAGGUCCACCCCAAGACGUCCAUGGGGACUAUUCCCACACUCAACGUGACAGAAAUCAUGUACAACAUACCCUCAAAGUACGGCAUUGGCGACCGGUACCGUAAGGGCUCGGCCCUGCGCUUCCCAGCGCUCUACGUGCGGCCCAGCAACGACAUGGAGGAGGAGCCGGAGCUGCAGGACCCCCACUUCUCCUCCUGCACGCUGCCCAUCCUGAUGUUCGCACACUACCCCUACAACGCCGCGGAGACCUUCCGCUACAUCUUUGAGAAGCUGGUGACGCUGCAGGAGGCGGGCUUCUUCGACCGCCGUGUGACGCUGGUCCCCGGCGUGCCCCCGGGCACCCGAGUCCCCUCCUACACCAAGUUCUGGUACGGAUCUCUGUCAGACCGCGACGUGGUUUCCCUGUCGGAGCUGUCUGCUCGUCGGCCCGCUGACACCCCCUCCAAUGCGACAUGGGAGGGGCGCCACAUUCGUUGCUUCGAGCGCAUGAUGGGCUGCCGUAUUCGGUACGACAGAUACGGUCUCAGGUUCUACAACGCAGGCCAACAUGUAGCUCGGCACUACAUGCCUCAGUACCUGUCGCAAUCCGCUGCCUUUGAGGAACGCCUCUGGCAGACGAGACAGGUCCGUCUGCCCUCCGACCCCUCCGUCUUCAAGCUGGUCUUCAUCAGCCGCAACGCCGACCAGUCCGCAGUGGGCCGCACCAUCCUCAACGAGGCGGAGCUGGUACAGCGGUGUAACGAGGCGGCGGGGGCGGACCUGCCGCCGGCAGCGUGGGGGGUGCCGUACAAGAAGUUCUUUUGCUUCCCGCACACCUUUGGGGAGAGCCAGCUGAUGGAUGUGUGGCUGAUGAGGCGGGUGGAUGGUGUGUUGGGGAUGCAUGGCGCCGGUCUCACGAACGUGCUCUACAUGAAGCCGGGCGGCUCGGCGGUGGAGGUACGGCCGUACGGCUUCAGCGGCCGGGAGUCAUGGGCCAACCGCUACGCGCGCUUCAAGAUGAGCAGCAUGGCUGAGGAGCCCUGGCCGGUGUUUUGGUACGGCAUUGACACCUUCAACGCAUCGCUUUCGGAGCCGGGGAUGUUUGAGAAGGAUGACAAACCGCACUACUCCAAGUUCCGGGUGAUCAAGGCUCGAGACCGGCACGUGCGCAUCACGUGGCCUUCCCUGCGUCAUCAGCUGCUGAACAUGGCUGCGGUGGCGCGCACGCACGACCGCUACAUGUCACUGAGGCUGAGCGGGAGCUUCUACAUAACGGAUGACGUACAACCGGCGGAAGCCCCCGGUCUUGAUCCCCACGUAAACAAGGCUCGUCAACGGAACUUCACCGAUCCAGAUGCGGAACGUCAGCUGGCGGUUCAGAUCCCGAUUUCACAACAAAAUCUGGAUCUAGCUGCAACGCCCGAUCGGUUAGCUACCUGAUGCGUUUGGGGGAAAGGAAAGGGCUGCAUCUUAAACUGUUUAGUCUGUUGAAGGGUGAAUGAGUUGGUGUUGUCCUUGACGACGAGUUGAUGUUUGGACGGCGCUGACUUACCCUACGUGUACGACAGCUCCAUUUCCAAAGGAGACAUUGAAGUACCGUAUGCAAUUUUGCUCUGCCCGAUAAAAAUUGCAUGCAUGUAUGUCUAGCCCGACUAGCUAUGUAGCGAACGUGUUUAUGUUACGAUGCCAUGGGGUGCUCCAUAUGCUGCUGAUGUGAACAUACAAAUCAUCAAUCAAUGCGGAAUCACACUUCAUCUGGUUGCCGCACGACAGCUUGCUGAUGCCGGCAUGCUGUCCAAGGGCCUAGGAAGGUAACGACAGAAUGUGUGGUUUUAUUAUGUACGGUAGUUGUGCGCUAUGCUUUGGCGUAAGGAUGCAGCUGAGGCGACCUGCGGUACGUGAUCAUUUGUUGGAUUCAUGCAGAAACUGGUUCCGCACUCGUGAUGCUUUUGACGCCUCUUGAGAAUUAGGGGGGAUGCAUGUGAAGGAGGGGAACCAGGCUGUUAGGCUGAUGGAGGGGCAGACCAGCUAUUCGUCUACUGCUGCUGCAGCAUUCUGCUUGUAACCACAAUAGUUGUUGGAACGCUGACGGACUGUAACGUGCCCG